UCCAUCCGACGGUUGAGAUUAGGAUGAAAUCCAUUCAACGGUUGAGAUCAAGAUGAAAUCUAAGUAUGUAUUAUGUCAAUUUUUGGCUCUACUUAUAUCAGGUAUGUAUUAUGUCAAUUUUUGGCUCUACUUAUAUCUAUAUAAAGUGCCAACAUACCCAUCCAGACGAAGUUGGCUUUUGUUUUUUCUUUAACCAUAUAAUCCACUUUUCCUCUAAUCACUUGCCAAAAAUGUCCACUCGAUCUACAGGAUACUCUACCAAUGAAGAUAUGCUAUUAUGCCAAGUUUAUUUAGAUGUUUCUCAAGAUCCAAUAACGGGUGUACAUCAAUCAUUUUGA